GGCCCCACCUGGUCACAAUUUGAAAACCAUCUCAUCUGAUUCGUCUCUCUCUAUCUCAUCUUUAUAUAAACCAGGUCUCAUCCACUGAAAUCCAUCUGCUUCUGCGCUCUCUCUUUCUCUGAUAUCAUUUCAAUCUCUCUCUCUCUCUCUCUCUCUCUCUCUCUCUCUCUCUCAAAUGGCAGCCUUCUCAUUUCACCACCACCCUUCCCUUCUCGACUCUGGUUUCCUCCAAAGCCCAACCUUCAAGGCCUCUGUUUUCUCACAAGUACCAGACAUUAAUCCCUCUUUCUUCCCUUUUUACCCAUCUGAAUCUCUUCCCCAGAUUGAAAUCCCUCAGGAAACCCACCAAAGAGACUUUCUCGCCGUCGACAACUGUGUCAACAGCAGCCAUGAAGCUUCUGUGAUGGAGAAACAGAGGACAGACUCCUCUUCAAUGGUUACUGAGUUGAAAGAUGGAGAUACAAGUCUUCAAAAACAGAACCAAAUUCAUAAAAACAGGAAGAAAAGAGAUGGGUCUUGUUUGAAUUCCUCUCAAUCAAAGAGAAAAUGCAACAGUAGCUCGAAAGAAACUGAAGAGAAGAAGUCGAAAGCAGGUAAGAAGAAUGAGAAAACAUCCACUGAAGAACCUCCCAAAGGCUACAUUCAUGUGAGAGCAAGGAGAGGUCAAGCAACAGACAGCCACAGCCUUGCAGAAAGGGUAAGAAGAGAGAAAAUCAGUGAGAGAAUGAAGCUCUUGCAAGGCCUUGUUCCUGGCUGUGACAAGGUGACUGGGAAGGCUCUUAUGUUGGAUGAAAUUAUCAAUUAUGUCCAGUCAUUGCAAAAUCAAGUAGAGUUCCUCUCCAUGAAGCUUGCCUCAGUGAAUCCUGUCUUUUACGACUUCAGUGUGGAUUUAGAUGACCAUACCUCCAAAUCAGAGAAAUUGAGCAUUCUAUCUCCAGUGCCAUCUAUUCAGCAAUCCAUUCACAACCAAGAUACAGCUUUUGGAGCAGAUACAACCACCACCACAGCCACAACAACUACUACCUUUCCUACAAAUAACUAUCAUUUUCUAGACAGUUCAGCUGCUGCUCUACUUCAUGGGCAGAGGCCCAAUCCCUUCCCUCAGGAAAAUGGCCAUCUUGGAUGGAAUGUGGAAAGCUACCACAACAUUUGUUCUUUUCAGUAAUAAAGACAGUACAAACAUAUGCUUGUAAGGAAUCGAGAAAUUCUAAUGACAAACAGCAGCAGUGGAAGAGAAAAACCCACAUCAAAAUCAAAGGCUUCCAUUUCAACAUCAGUGGCAAAAGAGAGAAUCCUGCUCUUAAAAAAAAGGCAAUGAAUAUGAGUGAAUGAAAGAGGAGAACAAGAGAGGACAGAUGAUGAAAACCAACCAAAUAAAUACAAGAUCUCUUUCAGAUCCCUUUGUUGCUGCUGCAGCUGCUGCUGGUCUCAAGCACAUAUUCCAAGGAACUGGUUCCUAUGAUUAAAGCAAGCUCUUGGAAACUUGCAAUAAAAGGGGGUUGAUAUUUCCACCCCUAGAAUUGUUUGGUCUACCCUCACAAGUUGAUUUUGGUCAAUACACAGAAUUCUAGAACUGCACUUGGAAAUAACUUCUCUGAUCAAAUUACCCUUGGAGGGGUGGAAAUGUCAAUUUUAGGGGGUGGAAAAUUACACGCUUGAGAUGUAAGAAAGAAAGGGUUAUUAUAUUAUACUAUUGAGGUAGCUGAUGUGACUUAGCUAUAGCUGUUGCUACUGUUGUGGAUGAAGUUGUUGUUGUUUUUUUUCUGUCGGUGAUUUUACUGUUGCUGUUGUUGUGGGUAUUUAGGGAAUCUUCAUUGUGCUGUUAAUAUGGUUGUAAGUUGCUGAGGUGGGCCCACCUUUGUAACUGUUGCGGACAGAGCAUCCGUGUAGAAAAUAUAUGAUUCCUUUUCCUUA